GGGCACUCGAAGCUGCCCGCGAGGGAGGUGCCGCCGGGUGGUGGGCCAGGCCUCGAGGGCGUGGGCUCGAGGCGCGGGCCCGGGGGGGGGCACUUCCGCACGUACUCCGACGAGGAGCUCGCGGCGCGCUUCCGACAAGACGCUGGGAGCAGCUCGGGCUUGAUGACCGAG